AUGUUGGGUGUCGCUUGAGACGGAAGCCAAGGAUGAGAAGGUUUUGGCCACCAGAAAUGACAUAAAUGGUAAGAAAACAGGUUUUGAAGUUGUGAAUAUAAUUAUGAAAAUAUUACAUAUGUGAACUGCAGAGUGAACAAUUAAAUGAAUGAUGAUCAUCGCAGUUAUACGCAACCUACCCAGUUGCGAAAAAAAGCCUGAAAAAAAUUCAGGCUUGUACGGAAUUUGAACCCUUGACCUCUGCCAUACCGGUGAAGCGCUCUACCAAUUAAGCUAACAAGCCAACUGGGAGCUAAGGGCGGAAAAACGUAAUGAGCAUGCGUGAACUUUUUUGCCCAGAUCCCCUAGCCAGGUUUCAAAAAAUGGCGGGAUUUCAAAUAUUUUAUUGCCUAAUAAUAAAAUGUUUCCACUCAUAACCUGGAAAGACCAGGCAAUUUGUCUUCAAAAGUUGCAAGCUGUGGUUAUAAUCUUGUCGUUACUUAAUUUUCUCGAAGAAAACCUGAUAGUAAAACGGACUUUAACGACAUUAAUUUCCUUGCGUUGUACUGGAAAUGUGCAUUGUAGGUCCGAUUUUUUUCAAGAUGCAUUCACAAAAUGUCUUCAUAUAAGGACGUUCCUGGAUAUAUAAGGUCCGAAGCUCCACUGUGGACACAAAAACAACAUAUCUUUGGACAGUGAUUUGCCCCAAAAAAUUAACGCUUGCCCACAAUGUGUUUGAAGUCACUGAACUUUGUCGCCCUCGGGCUGAUAUUUUAAAACCCUCGCUCAAUCGGACACUCGUAGUUUCGCAGAUCACUAAAAUAUAAACAAAAUCGUCAAUGUAGAAGUUAUUGCGUUGAUAUGUGGGCAGAAAAAAGGUCAAUCUUUCUCUAGCAAAAUCUUCCCAAAAAUCGGUUUAAAAGCAACUAUACUUUUUCGAACUUACUCGUUUCGCACAGAUAUAUAAAUUUUGCUUUGUGUUGUCAAGUUGAACACGCAUAACAUCUGUCAAAAACCUAUGCGUAAGUAGCAUUUCCUUCAAACAAAGUUAAAGUUACAUUAUUUCGAAAACUUCUUGCUGACAAUGAAGAAAUGAAUUUUCUGUGCGAAAACAACCUACCUAAAGAUCUUAAAAGCAAAAGAUCGCUUGCAACUUGGCAGCCAAGCCAUGAUUCACCAUUAUGGCUCUUGCCAUUUAGCUAUUUUCAAUAAGCUUAACAGGUCCAUGCGAGGGUCUUCGUUUAAACAAAUUAAACUCAGCCGAUCAUUAGAAAAUAAGGAAAAUUGCACAUAAGGGUUUGUUUUGCUCGCCUCAGUCAAAUCAAGCUGCAGCAAUUGUUUAUGAAGUCACUGCCGGCAGUUGUCGUUCUCUACUUCACAGCCAGUGAAAAGGACAAUUUGCGUACAGAAAGUUAUUCUCAUAAAGAACAGAAACUUUCACAGUGCACUGGAAAACAAAACUAUGUAAUGAAAAAUAAAAAAAAACUCUGACUAUUAUUACUUAAGCAACAGAAAAAUGAUCUUGGGUAAGCUUGCCGGCCUUCUAAUUCCGAGAAAGUUUAAUAAGCGCACAAGUUUGUUCACUCUGAUGCAAUAUAACAGCCAUAUGGUUCUUUGACGGAACACAAAGAUAAAGCUGGUUCUGCAAAGGUAAUAAAUCUGGGCAUGUAAAAAAAGUAACCGUAACUACUAAUAACAGAAUACAAAAAGGGGUUUUAAUUCAACCCGGCGAAAUCAACUCAUAAAUUAAUCGGAUGCACAAUCAGAAAAAUACUCGCCUCUUAAGAAAUGUUCCAAACCUCUUAUUCCACCUCAGACUGACGGAAUGAUCCGUUUUUCCUUUAACAUUGGUUGUUCUGAAUCCAAAGUAAUUUUCAAGCGACCAAAAAAAAGCAAACAUGUAAAAUAAAAAUGCUUUACAGAGAGCAAACGUUCGCACCUCGUGCAUUUCACUCAGAACUCCAGCAACAAACAAUCACAGUCAACACACAGAAAAGCCCGCCUUGAGCCUGCGAUGAGGGAUGCGCAGAAGCUUGCACAGAACGUUUUUCCGCCCUGAAACUGGGAGCAGGUCGUAGAAUGAUGAUGAAGUUAUGAAUGUAUGAAAAUCGUAUAUAUGUGAACUGCGGAGUGAAAAAUUAAGUAAAUGAUGAUCGUCGCAGUUAUACGCAACCCACGCAGUUGCGAAAAGAAAGCCUUCAAACGUUUUUGGCCAGUAACCCCUGCAGUCCGGGGGGUGGGGAUAAAGGUAAAGGUAUGAUUAAGUAUCUGAGUGUGAAUAAGGGUGUGUUCCUUUCGGCGAAUCCAAAAACGGAUUUUAGAUCUAAGAACGGAUUUCGCGUUCCUUUCGGCAGAACCAAAUCCGGAUUUUUGAUCUGGUGAAUCCUUUUUGAAAAAAAAAACUCAUGCCAUUUGAAAUCCGAAGAAUCCAAAUCCAGAUUAACGGAUUAGUGAUCUACGCUGUUCCAUUCACAGUGGAUCCGCAAUUAGACAGAUGAUCCAGCGGUAUUUCCAUAGAGGCCGUAGAGUUUCCUCGUUGCUGCCAUUUGCCGCAAAACAUCUGAAAACACUAGAAGAUUGUUCCUGGUACAUUAAAAUAUCCAUAUACUAACCAUUUGUCUCUAAAGACUGCUUGAAAUCAGAAAUAAGUAAAAGUAACAAAUGGACUGCUAUCUAACUACAAACUCGCUUGUAGACGCGACAGGCCCUCGAUCGUGUUACAUAAAAAAAUCCGAGCUAGGGAACUGGAUCAAACUGGCCGACAUGCUUUAGAUAAUUUUCAAUCUUAAUGCGCUUCUUUCUUUGUCUGUUUUAUAUGUUCCAUCGUCGCUAUUCGAACUGCCGACCGCUAAAUUCUGCACGGUAUAAUCGCAUAAUUUGUCAAAGAGUAGAAAACACGUCAUUUUUUGAGAGGCUGUCGUGCAUAUCACAAGCGUUUGCGAAAGGUUACCAAGGUUACAAAUCCAAUUUCGGAUUUCACGUUCCUUUCGACUGCGAAAUCUGGCAAAUCUAGGAUCAAAAAUCCGUUUUUGCAUUCGCCGAAAGGAACACACCGUUGUAUCCCAAACGCUUUGAUCAGGACUGUUGAUUGUGUAAAGUAGCCUUGUUAAAAAAAUGAAUCGUACAACUUACUUUUGUUGUACUAAUAAUAUUUACAUUAUAAAAUCCAGAACUAAUAUACAUAACUAAUAAUCAUUUUCUACGAUUUUCUGUGGGAAGCCAGAGUUGGCUUUCUUUUCGCAGUUGCGUGGGUUGCGUAUAACAGCGAUGAUCAUCAUUCACUCAAAAAUAGAUUUUGUUUCUUCAAGCCAGACCCUAGAGUAUCGCAGCAUUGCUUAAGCUUCCCACAGCCUAAUAGUAGAAAAUGAUUAUUAGUUAUGUUUAUUAGUUGUGGAUUUUAUAAUCAUAUGUAAAUAUUAUUAGUACAACAAAAGUAAGUUGAACGCUUCAUUUUUCUAACAGGGCUCAGUACUUUACACAAUCAACAGUCGUGAGGCUGAGUAUCUUAUUAAGAAUUAUGGAGAUCGAGGAGGGUGUUAUCCGUCGAGGCCGUAGGCCGAGGCGGAUAACACCCUUCGAGAUCUCCAUAAUUCUUCAUAUGAUAUGAAAACCGAAUUCAAUAAUUGUUUUAUUUUUCAUUCAAAAUAAUUCCUAGUUUAAAAACAUAUGGCUAAAACAUGCUUAUCUCCAUCGAUCCAUCGAUGUUAAGUUCAUCUUCGAUAGUGCACGUUUAGGGUUGUUCGGCUCCGCAAAUAUUCUUCAAAUAGUAGAUGUCUCCCUUCGAGUUGUCUUCUUGCUGUUCUUGCCAUGUUUUUAGCUAUUAUUUCGCAAAGUUGUUACUCUUGAAACGAGUGAAAUGUCGCCAUUUUUGUUUUCACAACCAAAACAACUCAACCUCGUCCCCAGGUCUUCUCGGUUAAUGGUGCAUUAACCUGCAAGAAAGCUGCACUUUUGACGUCAUCGGUUCAUAAACGCAAAAUUCUUCCAAAUUUGGUCAUCAGUACUGGCUAUGGUGAAUUAUGCAUGUGCUUUUAGCCAAUCAGAAUUGGGGAAAUAUUUUGAAUGAAUAAUAAAGUUAUUUAAUAAAUUGUCCAAAAUUUAUAAAAAAAAAUCAACACUUCAGAUAAUUCGACUCAAAAUUCUUUAAUUUACGUUAUUCUAGUAAUUCUAACAUCUUCCUCCUAUUCCAUUCCGAUAAUUCUUUGGGGAUCUUUUCAGGUCGCGUGUGAAAAAAAAUUGGGGAUCAUUUGGGGUCGUAUUUAGGUUGAUUUUGGGGAUCAUUUUGGGUCGGGGAUCAUUUCGGCUCGUGUACAAAUCUGAAAGCUCGACCGGGAGCCACAGGGGAAUUGGAUGUGGAAUUCAAAUUAAUUCCAGAGACGUUGUUGCAAGCUCUCCUUCCUUUUCCCUCCCUGCAGCCAGAGCUCCCCAGAGAGCUUGCUUGCAAGCUACCUUGAACUUAGCCUAUUCCAGGCUCCGAGAUGUGUGCCUUUUUCUUUCGCGUCUUUCCCACUAUCUGAGAGCCCGGAACAGGCUACCUUGAACUUGAGGCAGUGAUGCGUGGAGGGAAAAAUACUUCCGGUCACCGUAAUAGACCCUUUCAUAGUCGUCAGCUUUAAGUCCCUACUGUUUUGCAACUACGGUCAAACAAUUUCCUGCCAAAAAGGAGAGAGGGUAAGAGAAGCGUCCCAAAUCGUUUUGGCCAGGAUUGUAGUCGCAACGUAAUUUUGAAAAUCAAUCGACAGAAAGUUCCUCGCCUACACUACCAACAAAAACACUCACACGGGAAUAAAUACAGAGGCCUGCUGUAGGCAAGCAGGGACCUCAAAGCCAGUUUUUUUCAAAACUACCGUAAAUUAAAAUUGCAGUAUCGCACUUAAUUACAGCACACCCUAUGACGAAAAAAAAAAAACGAAAGGAACUGAUCAGUACGACACCGCGGCAUACGAAAACCCAAACCGCUUUGUGGAAAAAAGGAAUUUACAGCCUCAUCCGUUAAUUAAAAUUAGCUGCAAUGCCGACAACGUAACUCGGGCCGGGCAGAAUUACGCAGAAAUGAAGCGGCUUCCAAAUAACAAAUAACAAAUAUAUAACAAUAUUGGCAAAAACGUAAAAGUUAGAAGAUCGAAUGAAUGCGAGAGAAAUUAGUUUUUCAUAUCGGCGUAAACAGGAAGUGAAUUUGGGUAAAAUAUUUUUAACUCAAUUCGAUUUCAUGCGUAAAAGUUUACCUUGAAAAUAAUAAAGUAAACUGUUCUACUGCAUAAAGAAUUUGAAAUAUUGUCUUUAGAUAGCAUAAAAAGUUUUCUUAUUAUAUUCUCUGUUCUGCAUUAGGUCAUAAAAGUUCACUUACUAUUUUAUGUUACAUCGUUUGAAAAUUCAUUCUACCUUCGGUACCUUGAGACUUUCGCGCGCGGCUUUCUUGUGUUUAUUAUACUGCCGCGAAGAUCGCAAGGCUGCGAGGCGGCUUGUUAGCAAUAACGGUUCAUACAUCUUCCACUUGGCAUUGCUAUGUUGGAAAGUAAUUGAUGAAUUUCUAAAAUACAGUCUACUCUCUCGUAAGCGACCACCAUUGGUGCACGACAAAUUAAAGUGGUCGCUUACGGGAGGUGGUCGCUUACGAGAAAUGGUCGCUAUGAGAGAGUUGACUGUAUAACCUUGAUGGUCUUAUGUCACGGUGGGCUGCUGCAUAUUUAGAAGUAAUGUUAGUUUGAUUUUAGUUCUUGGUGAUUCCAAAUUACAAGUUUCAUUCCUUCUACCAUUAAAGCUUUUUGUUUUUCGUCAUUGUUGUACAGUCAAAAGUUCUUCCGUUCGAUAAAGCAUCUUCAAAACCUACUUUCAGGCCAGGUGUGAUUUUUUUUUCUCCCCCCCCCCCGACCCCCCCACCACCCUCGUGAUCUUCUCAAGUUUAAUGCCUGGACGAGUCAAAGGCGCUUGAAAUUUAAUUUCCAAGUUAGCCAUUGCACUAAUUUGAAACACUCCUAGGCGCCUUAAAUUUGGUAAGACCAAAAUUUGCUAGGAGCAAAAUAUUCUCACUUUUGUUUAUAACAAAACAGUUGCCGACUCCUCAGAAUGGUUUGAACCGGCCGAAGACGCGAAGGUAUCUGGUAGACGCCACCCAAAAACAACAUCAUCAAAGCAACAGAAGACUUUGCCUCCUCGAGCAGCUAAGACGAGAAAGCCCUCCCAAGCGGGCCCUAGCACAGUGCAGCAGAAGCCGAAACCAAAACCAAAGAAAACUACGGGCGUUGUAUAUAUCAUUAAUAUGCGGGCUUGUCUAAGCCAGCCCGCGCCACCAUUCGGGAAGGUAGGCUCAUCAUCUAGACCUGACAAUAAUUGCGGAGCUCGAGUAGGGGAACUUCAGACUGGAAACCCUCACCAAUUGGUAUGUAACCAUAUGUUUCCUGUUACUGAGCAGCUAAGCGCAGCGGAAGGAAGGGUCCGCCGAAAUUUGACAAACAGCGGUUAUAAUAUUUAUCCCAGUUGUAGAGGAGGAACGGAAUGGUUUUCAUUUCCCGGAAGCGGACUACAGAGUUUGGCAAACAGAGUCAGAGCCGUAUUAAACGAUGCAGGUGUUUUGGCUUCGAGAAGUGACUGGGUUGAAUCAUCCAUUAAUCCGAGUCUUUCUCCAAAUCAAUCCCCGCAGUCCGUCUACAACUCAAAGUGGCGACAAGUUCCCUGCAAAGGAGAUGAAUUACAGCAUAUUACAUAUAACUGUAAAUGACAUUUUUCUGAAGUUACCUGUGUGACAAUUGCUAGAUCCCGUAAAUGAUCGAUUAAGUGCCGCUAAUCGAAUAAGCGUCGCAUCUUUACCGAAAAUAAUUUUAUAAACGCCGCUUUCGAAUAGGCGCCACGGCGCUAAUUUGGGUAUCUAGAAAGAAACGCCCAACCUUGUACGACGCUUGAUAUAAAGAGAUAUCAAAACCAUAUUGCUUGAGAAAUAAGACCACGAUCAACUCGUGAUAACAUAACUGUUCGAGGUGAACACGUUAUUCCUUUUUCUUGCACAACUGUGAGUUCUCUCUGUAUCCCCCUCAACGCUUUACCCGUAGUUAAAAUUAGUGCCGCUCUCGAAUAAGCGCCGCUUCCGAUUACGCGGCGCUCAAUCGAUCAUUUACGGUAUUGACAAGAAACACAUAAUUAAUUCACGCAGAGAUUUUUACUGCAAAUUAUGUCUUUAGAAGUUCUGUUUUGAAAUCAAUAUUGCACACAGUCUCGGCUCAUUUUAUUUUUUUCUCAUUAUCUUGCUAUCAGGCUCCGUCCACAGGAGUAGUGUCGAAUUUGCAAAAAUCGGACUUCGGAG